UUUUAUCAUUUCGUACUUGAGUAUGUUUAUGAAUUCAGUUUAACUGGAGGUGAAUCAAUGCUUCCUACUAUGCAAAAUAAUUCUGAUUGGGUGCAUGCAGUAAAAAGUUAUAGACUUGGUAGAGGUAUAGAUAUGGGGGAUUGUAUAGUGGCACUCAAACCAACCGAUCCUUAUCAUUAUGUUUGUAAAAGAAUAACGGGCAUGCCUGGAGAUGUAAUACUUGUUGAUCCUUCCUCAUCGUCAGAACUUACAAAUACUCCUACAGAAAUUAUUAAACACGACGGUUUUAACAAAUAUAUUAAAGUACCAGAAGGCCAUGUGUGGGUGACGGGUGAUAAUCUUUCUGCAUCUUUAGAUUCAAGGUCUUAUUCAUGUAUACCCAUGGGGUUAAUUAAAGGUAAGAUUGUGGCUGUUAAUUCUGCAAAUAGAGGUCUAACUAAUGAAGAAGGAAAAUUAUGGUUUUGGAAUUUUAGAAAAAUGGAAAAUAGCUUCAUUGACAAAUGAUCAACUUUUUUAAUUCAUUUCUGCAUUUUUUUUUUAUAUAUACGUAUACAUAAA